CUUUCUCACACGCGACCCCUGAUUUUAUUCACCAUAGACUUUUCUUCUCUCUCUUUCCCCCUUCGUACCUCUAGGACUCUGAGCCGGCCUCUGUGAUUGGCCGGGCGCCCUUUCUAAAAGGGGCGGGGAGGGGCCCAACCUCCCGCUUCGCCCUCUCGUUAACCCAAUCCACGUCCAGUUCCGGAUCUGGGGCCUCCGGAGCGGAAGGUGGCGCUCUCGCAAGUUCCCAACACCUGCCGGUAUGGAGCCUUCUCUGCGGGCGGAGAGAUAAGAAGCGACGAGUCGCGGUUUCGAAUGCCGGGCUGCUGGAGACUCGGAAGGGGGGAGGGGCAGGGAGGCGAGGAGGAGGAGGCGAAGUUGGGCGGAGCGGCUGCCUGGGCGUCCUCCCCUUCCUCGGGCCCCGCCGCAGAGAGCGCGAGCGGGGCUGGGCUGGGCUAUAGGCUAGCGGCGGCGGCGGCUGGAGCAGGAGCAGGGGCGAGGAAGGAAGGAAGGGCUGGUGGCCGCGCUGCGCUCUGCCCGCCAUGGCGAUCCGCAAGAAGAGCAGCAAGAACCCGCCCGUGCUCAGCCAUGAGUUCGUCGUGCAGAACCACGCGGACAUUGUCUCCUGCAUGGCCAUGGUCUUCCUGCUGGGGCUCAUGUUCGAGGUGAGGAAGGAGGACCAGGGCGCCCAGGAGGGAUGGGGGGAGGCGGAGGGGAGCUGGCUCCUUCCUACGGUCAAGCAGGCGCCUCGUUAGGGAGCGAGCUCCGCUUCUCCCCGGCCUCAGCCAGCGCGGCGUGGGGAAGAGACUGGUUUCCAACGGGGACAAGCUUCUAGUCCCUGCCGUCGCCGUCCCUCCCGCUUCCUCUUUCCCUUCUAGUGUGUGUAAAGAGAGGAGGGGAGUGGUGUGGCGAUUGCGUGUAUACGAAGUGUAUCCACAAACCCAUUCAUCGCCGUCCAAAUGCUGCCAGCAACAUGGUCGUGGGGAGCUGGAGUUCCUCCCUGGCCGCAAACCUGUGUGGGUCUUAGAAAGGAUCCUGCGUGGCGUGGGUGGUGGAGGGGGAGAGGACACGGAGUUGGGUGAUUAAGGCAGCGGCUUCCUCCACCCACCCACCCCGCCCCGGGAAACAUCUGGCAGGCUUUUCGGUCCUUCCUCGAGCCGUUCGCCUUGGCAGACGGAGAGUGUGGGGUGGUGGGAAGUCAGCAGGUCCUUGUGUCAAGGGGGGGCACGAGGGAGGCAGGCGGGUGCGCCUUGUUGUGUCCGCGUCAGCAGUUGCUGUUGUGGGUUUGCACGGAGGAGCAGCUGGUAGGUAGCCCGAGCGGUGCAUCAUCCUGCGAGCAGGAGCAGCCGCCCUUCCCCGGCAGAUGUGGCUGCCUCCGUCCUCAGUCAAAGUCUGCUGGGCCUGACAUCUGUCUCUCAUGGCCCCCCCGCCCCCAUAUACACACUCGUUUCUCCUUUGGGGGAGCCGGGUGUGCUCCACACCCACUUCAGCUCCGUCUUGCCGAAAUGCAGACCUGCAGCGCUGAGCAUCCUAACCAGGGAGUAAGCCACACGGAGCACAGUCGUGGGGCUUACUCCAGAGUAAGCCUGCACAUAGCAUCCCGCUGUCGGAGAGGGGAAGUAGGUACAGCCCCCGUCGCCUUUGCUGCCUCCAGGGUUUCCGAAGCGGAGCAACCGCCGCAGUGUAAACGGGGUUUUCGGAGUGUGUGGAGAAAGAGCCUCCGCCGUGCACGCCUCUCUGACCGGGUUGUGCGCUUGCUUGCUUGCUUGCCUGGCUGCCUGCUGAGUAGUUCCUGGUCUCGUCAAGGUUACGUGGCACUCGGAGCUGGAGCACUAUGGGGAGGGCGGGGAGACUCGACGUUUUUGGAGACGGGAGGUGCUGGCGGGGUGUGCGAAGCGGGGAGCGCGCAGAGAGAGAUUUGGCUCCCGUUGCCUGGGCUAAGGGGAGGGGAGAGGGCGCGCAGUCCUUUGUGUGCAACGGGCAGAACUACAAGCCCCAUGAGGCGCUGCGGGAAGCGGCUCCUCCUCUCCUCUCGGCUCCAGGGAAGGUGAGCUGGACGGUGACGUGUACAUAGAGCGAGCCCCACCGCCCGCCUUCCGAGCGUGGCGGUCGCUUGCAGUCGUUGGUCGCAGCCAGAUGGGGUUGCCUGGCGCCCCUCCAGAUAGGGGAUGCGACACGUGUCAAGGUGUGUGCAUGCCAUGGCUCUGGAUUAGAACCUGGGAAGGGGAAGAUGUCCUUGAAAUAGUUAAAAUAACUGACUUAUAAAAAUAUUUAUAUACUGCUAUAUCAUUUUAAAAAAACAUAUGAAAGCAAUAAAACAUGAAACUGAGCUUAUUAGCCCCAGAGCUUAAUGAGGGUAUGGAAGACUUAAGCAGUUGAGUGACUUGCGCCAGAGCAGUUUUAAAUGGUAGUGCUUCUUUGUAAAGUAUUUGAGCGCUAUAACUUUAAGGCUCUGUUGAAAACCUGCUUCAGUAGCUGCUGCCCCAAGUUCUGAUGACACUUUGGAGGAAAGUAGCCUGAGGAGCAGAUGCACUUUUAUAAGCAUGUAUGCAAAUGCCAUUCUAAAAUACAGUAGUUGUCCUUGGUUUUCCAUGCAGUACAUUGGUAAAAAGUAAUGUGUCUAGCAUUUUUCUUUCUUGAAGCUAAAGAUUGCAGCAGUUUAUGUUCUUUCUAUACCAGCUUGCCCAUAAGUGAUGUCCUGAGGCAAUUUUUGUUGGGAACAGCUGUUUUAAAAGUGGCAUGAGCAGUUAUGUGUUCUCAGUAGUGCAUUUGCUUGCGUUAUUUGGACAACCACAAGCUUAUAAGUAGCCACUCAUCUGGGCCACUGUAGCAAGCCUAGUUAGGCUUGCGUGUAGAUAACAGCCAACAAUAGGAAUGUAUUGGCAAGAAGAUUGGGGUAGGGGACUGAAAUAUCUGUUGGUUUUAUAGGUAAUCUUGAGUUACUGGGUAUAUUUGUUGAAAUAGUAAAGAAUUGUGGAAAUAACCAGUCUUCUGUGACCUAUUGUCCUAGUUUGAUGUCAUUUCUUUUGUAAUGGCUUCAGCUACACAAAUAAAUAAUAAUUGUAAUAAUAAUGUUAUUUUCCUUGCUUCUGAGUAGGCAUGGUUAGGGUUGUGCUGUUAGUAUGUUUAGAAUUUCAUCCUUGGUGUGUUCUUUGUAGAAAUAAUUUUAUUUAAUUGGGUUUUGUUUCAUUUCAGGUUACAGCAAAAGCAGCUGUUGUCUUUGUUACACUUCAGUACAAUGUUACCAUCCCUGCCACAGGUAAAGCUCUAAAAAAUAUUUAAGCAUUUGUCCUAGAUAGAAAAGGAAUACUGACUCACUGCUAAUAUAUUACCAUAUCAUCUAAUAGGCUAGUCCUAAAGCAUGCUACACUAGCAAACACUGUACUAGUGGAACAGCUGAAGAAUGAGAAACAUCAGCACAAUUUUUCCAUGUCAGUUCACCAGUAAUGAUGUUUGCUUUGUGACCUAUAGGCUAGUUUGACUGUAUCACCAAGCCAUGGCUUGGUGCAACAUGUAUGAGUCUUGAAAGGCUGUAGAAUUUCCCCUCCCUUCCCCACUCAUCACAUAUCAUUAUUUCAUCCCUUCCUUCCUGAUUUGCAGCAAUGUCUUUCCUCCAGCAACAUGGUUUACACUUACUCCCUGCAAACAAGAAUCAGAAACAAUGGAUCAGAAACCACAAACCCAGGGAGGGAAUCAUGAAUGCCGGAGGAAAAGGGGCACACAAAUGCAACGGUCCUGCUUCCCUUGUUACUCUAGCACCAAACCACAGUUUUGCAUUGUCUUACCCUGCCUAUUGUCAAUAUGAGCUUAGCUCUGGAUGGAAACUACCGUAAGUUUUCCUUGCUGUGCUGCUCUUAAAGAUAAAUAAGAUUUUGAAUCUGGUGACUGAAAUAAUAAAGGCAUGAUUUGUUCCAACAUUUUAGCAUACUGCAUAUAUUGUAAUUUAGACUUUUACUUGCAUUAACUAAUGCUGUGUUAGUGGAGAAGUAAAUAACAAACUAGCCCUUGCAGUCUUCAUUAAACUUGAAAUAACUCUUUAAUUUCUUCAGUUCCAAUUUCAGAUUAGGAGCGGGUUGGUAAAAUAAGUGUAUAUUUAAUGCUGUCUUUUUUUCUCUUAGAGAAACAAUCUACAGAAACAGUCACAUUGUAUCACUAUGGCAUCAAAGAUUUGGCUACGGUUUUCUUCUACAUGCUGGUUGCAAUAAUCAUACAUGCUAUCAUUCAAGAAUAUGUGUUAGAUGUAAGUAUUGUCAGGACAAUAUUGAGUAUUGCUACAGUGGUAUUUGAUUGAGUGUAUGGAUGUGUUGUCAACGUGAGUCUUGGAUUUGGCUUCGCAUGACAGAUAACUUCGUAUGAAAGCUGUUACUCAGAUCAAUAACACGGAUUCCUUUUCUUUUAGAAAAUUAACAGGAAGAUGCACUUUUCCAAAACAAAGCACAGCAAGUUCAAUGAAUCUGGACAACUCAGUGCGUUCUACCUUUUCUCCUGUGUUUGGGGAACAAGCAUUCUUGUCUCUGUGAGUAUCUCACUUGUACAUACUCAAGCUGCAAUUCUGUAUCACUUAGUAGGAAUGAGCCCCAUUGAUCUCAAAUGUGACUAACUUCUCCACAGACCUGUAGUUAGUUUAGUCUUAACCAUAAAGGGUAUUUGACAUGUUUAUUUCUUAUUUUCAGGAGAAUUAUGUAGCUGACCCAACAUCACUCUGGCGAGACUAUCCACAUACAUCAUUGCCGUGAGUUUAUCAGAGUUGCGGGGUGGGGCAUGUGUCAUAUAGUUUCUUUAACUUGUCCCAGGGUGUUAAAUCAACCAGCAACUUGCUUGCAGGUAUUUCAAGUUCUUUUCUUCAAACAAAAGCCUGCUCUCCUGGUCUUCUGUUGUCAAUUCCAAGUAUGUUGUUCUUUCAUAAACGUGUGACUGGUAGUUUCCAUCCUACCAUUAGUUCUUAAUCUCUGUAGAAAACAGAUAUGACUCCAUUGUAACACCUAAUUUAAACAAGGUCUUAUUCGAGAGCUAUUUCAAUAUCUUUGACCUUUUCCAUGCUGUAUUGUAGGUUCCAAAUGAAAUUUUUUUACAUCUCCCAACUGGCAUACUGGUUGCAUGCUUUUCCAGAACUCUAUUUCCAGAAGACAAAAAAAGUAAGUCAACCUUUAUUUUCAUGUUCAGAAGCCUCUAAAAAUAUGUGUACAGUGGUACCUCGGGUUAAGAACUUAAUUCGUUCCGGAGGUCCGUACUUAACCUGAAACUGUUCUUAACCUGAAGCACCACUUUAGCUAAUGGGGCCUGCCGUGCCGCUGGAGCACAAUUUCUGUUCUCAUCCUGAAGCAAAGUUCUUAACCCGAGGUACUAUUUCUGGGUUAGUGGAGUCUGUAACCUGAAGCAUAUGUAACCCGAGGUACCACUGUAUAUAUUUUAAAGACUUAAUUAGCUGGUAGGAAAGAAAAGUAAAUUCUUCUAAAAGCAAACUCUUUGCUCAUGGCAAUGCUUUAAGCAAGGUUGUUGCCUAGUUCUGUAUAUCUUACUGUCAACAUUUGUAGCAUUCUCCCACACUGUACUUGGGUCUUCUGAGAGGUAGGGAAGAUUUCUGUGAGUUACUUUUCCAAGGGACUUUGCUUUUACCUGGAUAUACAGGUUGAUUCACAAUGAAGUAUACAGUUUCCAUUUAUAGCAAAUGGAAACUGCAUACUUCAUUAUGUAUCACCCUGUAUUUCUAAUGAUUAGGCUGGAACCCCAUGCAGCAGGUGUUGAAAACCUUUGGCCAUGUUUGCUAGGGCUAAUGGGAGUUCAGCAGCAUCUGGAGAGCCAAAGUUUCCUUACUGCUAUACACAUUUAUCUAGGAAUUAAGUGCCAGUGAACUUAGUGGAACAAGUGAAUAGACAUGCCUAGGAGUCUUUUGUUAGUUAGGAACACUAAACUGCACCUGGGAAACCUACCAUACUUUUCCAUGUAUAAGACUAGGGUUUUUUGCUUUAAAAUUAAGGUUAAAAAUCUGGGAGCGUCUUAUACACGGAUAGUGCAUAUCCCCAUUUUCUAAAUUUGGGGUCCCCAAAAGUAGGGGGUGUCUUAUACAUGGGUGCAUCUUAUACACUGAAAAAUACGGUUAGUUGCUGAACUGCAAACCUCUGAAGGCUGUGUCGCUGCCUUGCUAAGCUCCAAAAUGGUGAGGGUGAGACCCAGCACAGAACCAAGGUUUAGCCUAUACGGGCAACAGCAGCAGCAGCACACACAUCCUCCAGCAUAGUCAUGAAGCUUUCAUUUCCUUUUUUAAAGUAACCGCAGUCAUUUCCCCCUCUUUGCAUAUUGCAGUGGCUGUCAGCUCUGGUUUAUGAUGAUCUCGAUGCAGAACAGCUGCUUGGUAUAAACGUUUACAACUUUCAGCAUUGUAAUCAGCCUUAUUAGCAGCUACCAGGGCAAAUACAGUGAGAUCUUUCUCAUUUCCUGCUAACAAAAAUUAAUUUUCUGCUUGGUUGAACAGUUCAUGGUUUGAAUGAUAAUACGAGUAAUUUGGUCAUUAUGUUCUGAAAGAUGGCAGGUUAGCAAACAGUGAAUAUGGUCUUGUAUGACCACAGUAUAUCAGUGUGUGGUUUUUACCAUUUGUCCAAGAGUAGUGUUGCAACAUCCGGUGAAUAGUUGGGGCAGUACAUUUAUUAUUCUUAGGUGGCAAAGUUUCUGGCCUGGUGCAAUUUGAAACCUAGACGUGGGAAACUGAGGAUUGAAUAUUGUAGAAAUCUUAGUACCAUGCAAAUCUUCUACAUUUAUUCUUAUUUUUGCACACAUAGAAACAUGUUUGUAUGUCUUUUAAGCAUUUGUGAAAUAAAUCAAGCAGAACAAAAAUUUGAGUAAGAUUUCAGGGUACUAACAAACUCCAGGAUCAGCUAUUAGAAACAGAAUAGUAUAAGACAAGAAAUGGUUGUCUGGAUUGGGUAAUGUCCAGAAACUGGUGAAUGUAUUUAAGUUAUGAGAACUCCCUGCAGAAUUGAUAAAGCUGUGGCUUUUUCAUAGGAAGACAUUCCUCGCCAGCUUGUUUACAUUGGACUCUAUCUUUUCCAUAUCGCUGGAGCUUAUCUGUUAAAGUAAGUGACUUACUUGUUUUGCUGCCAUACAGAGCCCCUUAGAGAGGAUGGGGGGUGGAGUUAAAUUCAAUAAUAAAUAACCAAUUUGAUAGUGAAACACAGUAUCAAGUGUUCAGAUACUGCAAUCCAAUAUACCUUACAUUGUACCCUGUAAAAUGACUGUAUUUCUCCCCUGCCUUUGAAAUUGAGCAUGGGGGUCAAGCAGUUGCUUGAACUUCACAUUCACUGGAAUAAUGCAGUAAGCCCAUGGUUCACUUUGAAUGCUCAUUUUUCAAGUUGAAUGUCUAAUGGCAGUCUAUUUUUACAAAUUUCCUUGUCCCCUAGAAAAGCUUGUAUUUAAAUUUUGAACUGCUGGGUGACCUUGGGCUAGUCACACUUCUCUGAAGUCUCUCAGCCCCACUUACCUCACAGAGUGUUUGUUGUGGGGGAGGAAGGGAAAGGAGAAUGUUAGCUGCUUUGAGACUCCUUAGGGUAGUGAUAAAGCGGGAUAUCAAAUCCGAACUCUUCUUCUGUGUGUGUGUGUGUGUGUGUGUGUGUGUGUGAAUGCAUUUUAAUAAAUAUAUAUAUAUAUAUACAUAUAUGUGUAUGUAUUUUUAUUUAUAUCCAGAGUUGCUUCAGCAGAUAACCAAUUUAAAAUCGCCAAUAAAACAUUAAAAUCAAUAAAACAGUCAAAGUGCAAAGACUAGGAGAAUUCAUAACAGUUGCCAUCAAGGACACCUGCCCUGAACUGUUCUAGGACAGAGUUAUGUUCUCGUUGUUUGGCAGAAGGGUGAUAAAGGCAGAGCCGGGUGGGCUUCCAUCGGGAAGGUGUUCUGUAACUGGCACCACAACUGAGUGAACCUGUCCUUCACACCUAUGAACUGUGCCUUGAAUGGCUAGGGAACCGAAAGGCAUGCAUCAGAUUUUCAUUCUGAUGAUCUCCAUCACUGAGGGAUCUAUACUGCUGCAGAACAUGUGUGUAUAUUCCUGGGCCUGUUUGAAUGUGGACAUAGGAAACUGUCACUGAGCCCUGAAUUCCUGUGCCAAAUUUAAUUAAUGCAAGGUCAAAUGAGUGGGUUUAAUCAAAGACCUUGUGUCCCUCUACCAACUCGAAACUUCUUUCCUUUCAUUUUUGUUCUUACAGUUUGACCCACCUUGGCCUUGUUCUUCUUGUGCUACAUUACUUUGUGGAGUUUCUGUUCCACAUCUCCAGACUGUUUUACUUCAGUGACGAAAAAUAUCAGAAAGGGUAAGUACUUUACGGUAACUUCCAACCUUUAAAAAUAUGUCUGGAAAUACAACUUCUAAUUAAUGCUUGAACGUGUACAGUUAACAUUGGGCUGCUUCAGCAAAUGAUCCCUGUUCUUCUGUACAUUAAGAGAACAUCUAAUAAUAAUAAUAGAGAUAGUUUUGUUCUCUGUUUAAGAUAAAAAUUGAAGUCUGCAAGCAAAUAUCUGGCUGAUUACUUCAGGUACACAGACUUUGGCCUGACUUACCUGUGUAUCUCUUGGUCAGGUGCACCCCUCACCUCUUUCUCCUACAUUUUCUUCACUUCUGACACCAUGUUCCAGGCACUUCUCACUCCCUUGAUCUUGCCACCUCCUGCCCUCAAGGAUCAGUGCAGCUUAGCCAAAUAUAUUCCUUCCUUUCCCCUCUGGCAUAAAGACAACUUGCUGUUCAGUUACAAAGCCUUCGUUACCUUCAGUACAACCACAGAAUUCCUAUGCACAAAACAGUUACCAAUUACUUCUUGAGACUGGUGUGCAUUCAGAUGCGCAUACAAACACUCCCCCGACCUGGAAUAGCUUCAUUAGUUUUGAAGAAAGGACUUGACCAGCCUGUUUUUAGAAGAUAUAUAUAUCCACAUUGAACAAUUCCUUAAUGUAGAAGCUAUUUGAAGCUUAGAUGGCUUCACACAUUUUCUGAGCCCUCAGAGAUGGAAGAAGUAUCACAGAAGAGCCCAUCACAUUGUAUCCUCUAGAAUGCCUUCCUGGAUGUGUGAGAAGGGACAGUGUUCUGGCUUAACGGUGUUCUGAAAUGUAUGUGUGAAGUCAAGUACUUUUGGCCCAUGACACCUUAAUAUUCAACACGUAUGUUAAUCGUAUCUGCCUCUGAAAUAAUUGCUGUAAGUAGUACAAUGAAUGGAUGGAAUUCUACUGAGGUGCAGUAAUAAUAUGUUCACAGCUGGUCUCUUCCCUCUAGGUUUUCAAUCUGGGCCGUCCUUUUUGUUUUGGGAAGACUUCUGACCCUGAUUCUUUCCGUCCUUACUGUUGGAUUUGGCCUUGCCAGAGCAGAGGAUCAAACAUUGGAUUUUAGUACCGGAAACUUCAAUGUGCUGCCCAUCAGGUAUGAGACGACAGGCACAGCUUCAUAGUUAGAGGCAGUGAAACUUCAUGAGUUGUUUGGGGACCACUUUCCUAAAAUCAUCUGGUGGGCUUCUGUUUGAAAGAAGAGGCUGCAUCAGAUGAACAGCUGGCAGGCUUCUUUCUUCUGUGGUGCUUUAAAGUCAUACCUUCAUGUGAAUGAGACUUGUUUGAGUAGUCUGCUUUUGUAUGAACUGGCUUUACCUAGAACUUGUACAAUUCCCAGUUAAUCAGCAUUUGCAUAAAGCAGGGGAAGGCGGGAUGGGAAGCCUUCCAGAAGCUGCAUUCCAUUGGUGGGCAGGGCGAAAGUCAAAAAGUGGGUGGGACUAGAGCCACAAGUGGGUGGAGCCAUGGCUGAGGCUCUUAAUUUGUGUGUUCUACACCCCAUCUUCCCCAUCUCUCACCCUCUGUCAAGGCAAGCAAGAAUUGUUUUCGUGGUUUAGGGACACAUGCCAGCCAGGCAAAAAUGAAGAGGACACAGGGCAGUGUUGUUGGUGAGGGAUGGAGGGGUAUCCCAAAGACAGGGUACUGAGGUCUGGAGGGUCAUAUUUGGCUCCUGUCAGAAAGUUAUUUUUAUUUUAUUUCAUGAACUUUAUAGUAUAAUUAUUAUUAUAAUUAAGCUUUAUUCUAAAAAAAACCCCUCCAAAGUGGUUUACAAAAAAAUAAAACAUUACAAUCAAGAAAGAUUCACAACCAUACUUUUAAAACAUACAAAAGUUAAAAUAGUAAAACAGAUGAAAAUUACCUCUCUCUAUGCAGGAUUAGGGUACGUUAAGGGUGAAUUUAGAUAAUUAGCUGAGAUGUAAAACUAUAAAAAUAGUAAAUAAGAACUUUCCUUGUGUACAUGUUUUGCAGAAUAAAAUGUGAUGUAAAACAUGCUGUUAAAAAUGUGUGGUGUGCACUGCCUGUCUUUUAAGGAAACAUUUCUUUUUGUAGUUCAAGCAUAAAUCCUUAAAUUUAAACACUUGAGCAUGUUGACCACCUGAUGUUGUUGGUGCCACUCCUUCACGUUGAGGGUAGAUGUUUAGGGUCUAUCUGUGAUGACCCCAGAAAGUGUUGAAACCAUUCCAGUUUCAGUAUGAAUUUCAGCUUCUAGUUACACAGCACCGUGACUAUAUUUAUAGUUCCUGGAAGCGUGUUGUUUCAGUGAGCUGCAGAUCAUGGGCUGCUGUUUAUCUAGCCACUUAGUAUAUGUCACUGAUAACUAAGUGUGAAAUAUCUUCAUCUAGAUCAAAGUACAAAAAGUGUCGCCCUCCUGGUUAGAGAAUUGGAUGUUAUCAUCUUUGUCAUAAUACAUAAAUUUUAUUUGUAUGUUGCCUUUCCACAGUUCAAACCAUGCUCCGGGCAGCUCACAACAAAGCCCCACCGACAAAACCCGAGACCAAGAGUCUGUUCAGCAGCCUCAGCUUUUGUAGCUGGAAUCAGUCAGGGCCUUGCCUUCCCAGGUCAAGUGGGAAAAGGCCUGCAAGGCAGGGAGCAGGUCUUCCAGGACUCACAGCCAAGUGUAGUUUCGUUAUUGCAUGGGACAAGAGAAUUUGCCAAAUUUCCGAACAUGCUUUUCAGUCUAUGCAUUCCUAUUGUGUUAUUACCUUGUUAAAUUCCUGAAGCUCUGCUAUGCUUCCAUUAAACCUAAUCUCUCUGGGCUUUUUAUGUACUUUCCUAGAUAACAAGGAAAUAAAAGGCUUGAUAAAUGGCCAAGAAACAUCCUGCCCAGUGGGAACAGUUUUCCUGAUGCUUCUCAUUUCUGGAUCUUCAGGAAUCCUAGUACAGUGGUACCUCGGGUUAAGAACUUAAUUCGUUCUGGGGGUCUGUUCUUAACCUGAAACUGUUCUUAACCUGAAGCACCACUUUAUCUAAUGGGGCCUCCCGCUGCCGCUGCGCCGCCACCGCACAAUUUCUGUUCUCAUCCUGAAGCAAAGUUCUUAACCUGAGGUACUAUUUCUGGGUUAGCAGAGUCUGUAACCUGAAGCAUCUGUAACCCGAGGUACCACUGUAAUCUGUCUUCUCUUUGUAGAAUCAGCGUACUGGCAUCUAUCUGUUUCACACAGGCCUUUAUGAUGUGGAAGUUCAUCAAUUUCCAGCUGAGAAGGUGGAGAGAACAUUCUUCACCUCCCCAACCAGUGAAAAAGAAGUUUGCAACAACUAAAAGCAAGCCUUCCAAAAAAGAAAGAGGUUUGUAUUUCAGUCCUUUACCCUGUACAGUUUUGGUGGAGGGGGAAAUGAAACAAGUUCCACAAGGCAUUGAGGAACCUCGUUGCCAGUGACGCUUAAGCCAAUACUACGUUCCCUGAAUUCAAGGGCAGUGGUACUAAUUUCUUACAUAACCAAAUAUUGGCGAGACAGAUUGGGAGAUAAAAUUAGCUUCCCACAAAGAAUCCUGGGGACUGUCAUUUGUUAAUAUUCUCCUAACAACUCUCAGCACCCUUUGCAAAACUAUGGCUCCCCUGGUUCCUUGGGGGAAACCAUGACUGUGAAAAGUGGGUGAAAGAAUGCUUUAAAUGUAUGGUGUGGGUGUGUCACACAUAGCAUCUUUCAUAGUAUUCUGUCUCUGGAAGGAGCUCUUGUCUCUUUUCAUUUAUCUUCUUGCCCUGGGUUAGUGAUCACGAUUGCAGAGUGUAGACAAUCCAUAGGCUUGAGUGGUGAUCUUAAUUUACUGCAUCUUGUAUCGGCGCAUAAAGGACAAAAACAGCAGAGGUCUCUGCAAAUAAAGCAAGAAGUUUCUAAUGUCGGAAUUCUGGCUAAGUUAUUUAUUUAUUGGAUUCCUGCCCUUCGUUGUAAGAUCUCAGGGUGGAUCACAGAAUGGUAGCACUGAAUUGCUCAAGCCCCAAUUCAUUUUUUUAAUUAUUUUUAGAUUAUUGGGCUGCAUGCAGUCAUGAAAGUGCUGAAAAUUAGACAUACGGAGUCAUUACCUAGUUUCACUCGUUGACUCUUGAAAUUUAUUAUAUAUAUUUUUUGUUACUGGUGCAUUUUACUGUUUGUGGUUUUUAAUUGCAUUGUAAGCUGACCUGGGAUGAAAAGCUAAGAAGGGCACGAAAAGGGUAAACAACUGCCCCCCUAGGCAUCCAUUGCCUGCUGGAUCUUCUGUAAAUGACAUAAAUUACAGGGCUUUACCUAUUUGGAAAUCUAGAUUUUUUAUCAUGUUUAUAUUUCCCCUUUUCUACAAGGAGCUCGAGGUAGCGUGCAGGGAUCCAAUUCCUUUCCUCUUCACAAUUGCAAAGUAGGAUAUGGUUAGAGUUGCUGACAGGCCCAAGAUCACCCAGCAAGCUUCAUGACUGACUGAGGAUUUGAGUCUCUUAAGUCAGUGCUUCCCAAACUUGGGUCUCCAGUUGUUUUGGACUACACCUCCCAUCAUCCCUAGCUAGCAGGACCAGUGGUCAGGGGUGGUGGGAAUUGUAGUCCAAAAACAACUGGACACUCAAGCUUGGGAAACACUUCUCCAAGUCUACCCACUUCUAGGCCAAUGCUCUAAUUCUUGGCGGCGGCCCUCAAUGGUGUUUUUCAGAUAGUGUGGCCUUUCUGCCAAGCAUAGAAUACUAUUGUAGCUAUUUGUCCUAAGCCACUCUGGGCACUAUUAACAUAUAUCUAUAUCGGGUGUGAGGAAACUUUGGCCUAUCAGAUGUUGCUGGACUGUCAAGUCCCAUUAGCCCCAACAAGCAAUACCAAUGACUAGGGAUGAUGGGAUGUGUAGUCCAAAAAUAUAUGGUGAGUCAAAGGUUCCCCACAGCUAACUUGUAUGGUGAAUGUUAUUUUUGAAAAUCUGGUUGUAAUAUAAAGUUGUCUUGACAUAAUUUUACCAUUUCUUCUAAAGCUGCUGUGGGAUAUGGGAUGCUAAACAAAAUUGACGUUUGGUCUGAUUCAGCAGGGCUAGUCUUGUAUUGUUUUAAGUUUGUCUUUCUAUUAAAUGAAAAAUAUACUUUUUUAAUGCUUUCUAGAUAUGGUACCUAGGACAGAGCUUAACAGUGUAUAUUGUCUUAUUUUUAGAAAAUGGAAUAAAUGGAACAUUAACCUCAAAUGGAGCAGACUCGCCUCGCAGCAGGAAAGAAAAAUCCUCUUAAAACAGAACUUUAUUAAGUUAAUUGACUAAUAUCCCCAAAGAGAACUGCUUUUUACUUUGGAAAGUCCUUGAGCACCCAAGUUCCUACGAUUAACAAAAAAAAUAAAAUUAAUACUUUUUUGUUAUUGCUACCAUAACGUUUGUGCAGCUUUUUAAACUGAAAAAGGGGGCCACAUUAUUUUUUUAGUAUCUUUGAAAAUGUUGUGAGUGUUAAUUGGAAUCCACUUGCCAAAAAUCAGUGAUACAAUCUGCCAUUCCUUCCAGCUUUACAGUGAUGAAUCUAGUCCAUUCCAAAAAAAGACAAUAUGAAAUUCUUGUUUAAGGAGAAAUCGAACAUUUAAGUAAAAUAGUAAUGCCAUAUUUUUUUUUAGAUAUUCUCUUAACACUUAGGUGUAUAUUUUGAUUUCACAGUUCCGAACAGAAUUUGUAAACUACCAAAAUAAUCCUUGUUACUUUGUAGACAAUCUCUACCAUGAUUCAAGAAAUUCCCUUAUUAAAACACAGUUGGACUGAUUGAAA